AUGUCUCUCCAACAGAAUAAGACACUCGAAAAUCCAGAGGAGGCUAAGGAGUCAAGAAGCAGAAAAAGCCAGAAAAGAGCAAAGAAACACAAGACAGCCAACUCGACAGGCCAAACCCCAAGAAGCACUUCCUGCAUCCUUCCACGCCACCUUGAAAAGUUCGUCAAGCGAGCAGGAGACAUUACACGUACUGAACGUUCUGGUUCUCUACCUACAAUGGCCCAUGGGCCCCGGGAUACCUUUUCGCCCGUCAAAGUCUCGCCUGAUAUGACGGAGGAUAUCUGGGGAUCCUGGGCUCUCAUGGUUCGCACAUCAACCUCCUCAUCGCUCACUCACACCAAGUCGGACAGAGUUGAAAUCGAAUAUAGAUAA